AUGCCAAAUGGAAGCUUAGACGCCCAUCUUUUCAAAGAAAACAAUUUCUUGACAUGGGAAUGUCGGUACAGAAUCGCUCAAGGAAUCGCCUCGGGUUUACUAUAUCUUCACGAAGAGUGGGAAAAAUGUGUGGUGCAUAGAGAUAUAAAGUCGAGCAAUGUAAUGUUGGAUUCGAGUUUUAAUGCGAAGCUCGGAGAUUUCGGGUUAGCUAGGUUAGUGGACCAUAACAAAGGUUCACAAACAACUCUUCUUGCUGGGACGAUUGGCUAUUUGGCUCCAGAAUGUGCAACAACAGGAAGGGCUUCAAAGGAAUCAGAUGUCUACAGCUUCGGGAUGGUUGCUUUGGAAAUUGCUUGUGGAAGAAAACCUUUCGACCCGAAUGCAGAGGACGAGAAGAUUGUGAUGGUGGAGUGGGUUUGGAAGCUUUAUGGUUGUGGAAAGCUUCUUGAAGGAAUAGACUCAAAACUGAUCCAAGAAAGGUUUGAAGAUGAGCAGCAGAAGGAGGAGCAGAUGGAGCGUCUGAUGGUGGUGGGUCUGUGGUGUGCUCAUCCAGAUAGCAAUUGCAGACCUUCAAUAAGACAAGCCAUAAACGUGAUGAACUUCGAAGCGCCAUUGCCUCUUCUUCCAUCUCAAUUGCCUGUACCCACUUAUGAAUUUCUUCCCAUUAGAAGGCCAAAUGCUUCGUCUUCACCAUCAUCAUCAGCUACUCAAAAUAGUGUUGCUUCUCAUACUAUUAAUAGCUCCAACUUUAGUAAUGUCGUUAGCAGUUCUUCCCACUCGGCUGCAUCUUCUAUACAUCUUCUUCAACAUGUUCACCAAUGA